GAAACGGUAAGGCCUCGUUGAACGGUAUGGCAACAUUCCUCUGGUGUAUAUAGAGGUCACCUGGGACGAUUGAUGAAUAUUCUCGUACUGCUGACUUCUUCAGUCUUAUAUCUCGGAGCAUCGACUCACCGACUGAACAUCUUACAUCAUGUCAAGCAAAAAGUACAACAAGACCUUGAUCAUCGGGGCAACAUCUGGUAUUGGAGUGGCCUUCGCUGCGAAGCUCGUAUCUGUCGGUACCAAAGUUGUCAUCACAGGCCGCCGAGUCGACCGCCUUGAUGCCUUUGUCGCUCAACAUGGCGAAGAGAACGCUAGCGCCAUCCCUCUUGACGUUACUCAGCUCGAUAAGAUCCCCUCUUUCGCGAGCAAAAUCGCGCAGCAACACCCUGACAUUGACAGCAUCGUCUUCAAUUCUGGUAUUCAACGCUCGUACAACUUCGCUAAACCGGAGACCGUCGAUCUUGCCCACGUCAACGAGGAGGUCACCACAAACUAUACCUCCUACAUCCACCUCACCGUAGCUCUGCUUCCUCUCCUCCAGAAGCAGCCCUUGCAAACAAACAUGGUCUAUAUCAGCGCUACGCUCGGUCUCUGCCCGGGCUUGAUCCAUACCGCAAACUACAAUGCCACAAAGGGCGCUCUUCACAAUUUCCUGCUUUGCCUGCGUGAGCAGCUUCAGCAAGACCAGAAUAACAACGUCAAAGUGGUCGAGGUUUUCCCACCAGCGGUGCAGACCGAAUUGCACGACGAACGGUUUCAACCUAACCUCAAGAACGGACGCGACAUCGGCAUGCCCCUCGGCGCCUACACGGCGGCGAUGUACGCAGGGCUGGAGAAAGGAGAUGAUGAAGUCUAUAUCGGGCCAGGAGCCGAAGCGGCACAGAAUGGGUUCGAAGCACAAAGACAGCAAGCAUUCCGGGCGAUGUUGCCGCAAGUUGAGGAGAUGUUGAAGAAAUUCCUCAAGUGAAUGAGGUUGGCGGGCGAGAUGACAUUUCUACGUACGACGCGAAACCACCCCCGUACGGCAUGAAUGAUCUUCUCUUUAGCACAUAGCACAUGGUCCAGAGUGUCGGAUGAUCCUGCCUGUACCAGUCUCAUGUGUCGCGUUGUCUCAUUAUGUGGAUCAUUUCCUGCAGGUCGAACAUAGAGUUCUUCCCUUGCCCAAUCAUUGUCUGCGUUUCAUUGGAGGUUGUACAGAGAGAGUAACAGUGAACCAGAUGCCGAACCACAACGAGGGACGA